CACCCAACACUUAUAUAUAUAUCAUUAACACCUACACCAGUUAAAGAAAGGGCGCAAAACUGCAACCUGCCGAACAAACCAUGUCGUCUGGUGGAACGUUCGUAGAUCGAAUCGAUCCGUUCGCCAAACGUUCGCUCAAGAAGAAAAGCAAAAAAUCUCAGGGCUCAUCACGGUACAGGAAUUCACAGGAUGUCGAGCUGCAGCAGCUACCACCACUCAAAGUUGACUGUUCCAGCUUAGAACAGGAGGAGCUGUUCAUCCGCAAGCUGCGGCAAUGUUGCGUAUCAUUUGAUUUUAUGGAUCCACUGUCGGAUCUGAAGGGAAAGGAGAUCAAGCGGGCAGCGCUAAACGAUCUGUCAGCCUACAUCACACAUGGCCGUGGCGUGCUGACGGAGAACGUCUAUCCGGAAAUUAUCAAAAUGAUAUCUGUGAAUUUAUUUCGAACCCUGCCGCCCAGCGAAAAUCCUGACUUCGAUCCGGAAGAGGACGAUCCCACCUUAGAAGCUUCCUGGCCCCAUCUGCAGCUUGUGUACGAAGUUUUUCUUCGGUUUCUCGAAUCAGCCGACUUCCAAGCAACGUUCGGAAAGAAAGUGAUUGAUCAGAAAUUUGUGCUACAGCUGCUGGAACUGUUCGACUCUGAAGAUCCGCGAGAGCGCGACUUUCUGAAAACCGUGUUGCAUCGUAUCUAUGGGAAAUUUCUAGGAUUACGUGCGUUUAUUCGUAAGCAAAUUAAUAAUAUAUUCCUACGUUUUAUAUACGAAACGGAACACUUCAAUGGCGUCGGCGAGCUGCUUGAGAUUUUGGGAAGCAUAAUCAAUGGGUUCGCACUACCGUUGAAGGCGGAACAUAAACAGUUUCUGGUGAAGGUCCUGUUGCCAUUACACAAGGUGAAAGUGCUGUCCCUCUACCAUGCCCAGCUUGCUUACUGCGUGGUGCAGUUCCUCGAGAAGGAUGCCUCGCUAACGGAACCGGUCGUGCGGGGCUUACUCAAAUUCUGGCCAAAGACGUGCUCCCAGAAGGAGGUGAUGUUUCUGGGCGAAAUCGAGGAGAUACUGGACGUGAUCGAACCGCCACAGUUCGUCAAAAUACAGGAACCACUGUUUCGGCAGAUUGCCAAGUGCGUGUCCAGUCCACACUUUCAGGUCGCCGAGCGGGCACUUUACUUCUGGAACAAUGAGUACGCGAUGUCACUGAUCGAGGAUAACAAUCCCGUGAUUAUGCCAAUUAUGUUCCCGGCGCUCUAUCGAAUCAGCAAGGAGCACUGGAACCAGACGAUCGUCGCUUUGGUGUAUAACGUGCUGAAAACAUUCAUGGAGAUGAACUCGAAGCUGUUUGAUGAACUAACAGCGAGCUACAAAGCCGAGCGGCAGAAAGAGAAGCGACGGGAGCGGGAACGGGAAGAGCUGUGGAAGCGGCUAAACGAGCUCGAAAUAUCGUCCCGUGCGCCCAACAAGGAACAAAAUCAGCUCACCAAUCAAUCGGCCGGAGGGCUAAUACAGGACGCCAACGCGUCGGCUGGAUCGGCCGGCGCGCCGCUAAACCCCAACCAGCUUUCAUCGUCAACCGUCACAUCGACAUCAUCCUCGUCGCCCUCGUCGGCAAACUCGACUGGCAAUAACAAUAAUAGUACCGUCGGUGGUAUGGGCGCCUCGCAGCCCCCGGGAUCGGCCGUCGGAUCUGCACUGUCCGCUGCCACCUCCCAGCAGAACGCCUCCGCGGUCGAUGCGGCCGCCGCGUUAAGCAAGUGAUGUACUGAAUAAUAUUUUUUCUAAAACCGCCUACUUCGCGGAGGAGCAACAUACACAUAAUGCUGCUGCACACAUCCACUCCCACACGUACACGCAGAUCCACGCAAACAGACAUUCUCGAGUACAUACACACAUACACACACUCUCCCCAAAUACAUUCAGAGACAUUGCAUCGCAUUCAUAUGUAUUCACAUAGCGAGAUCAUCCUCUUCACCCCAGUAAGAGGGGAAACAGUUGAAAUCCAGCCACAGAUGCGUGGUAAAGCAACAAUCCCCCGUUGCCCGUUGUUCACCAUAAGCGCUUUACUAUCUUUCGGAGUAAUGAGAGGAGAGACAGAAGGAAUUAAAUCACGUGUGUGUCGAUCACCAAACAAAUGGGAGGCUCGUUCGUAGGCGUUAUUGAGCUGUGAACCCUCUUGACAUUUACACACCCACAAUCAGGAUCCUUCUUUGUGUGGUUGACAUUUGAUUGAAUUGACGAAUUUGCUCUACAGCCUCCGUGGUGGGAAGUAAAUAUUUGCAACAAAAUUGUUUCUUAUUCGGUAUGCAAAUCCUGACAGUUAAUCUGUCGUGAGGGACACGGAGAGUGGAGUUUCUUAUUUGAUCACGCGGAACAGUGGAGAAUACUGGAAUCCUGCGCGGGUUGUGGAUAAUGCCGUUUCUCUUACGCAGCUGUUAUCUACCUAUUGUGUUGAUGAAUUGUGAAUUAGUAGUGGCAUUUUUUUCUUUUUUUUUGUUUCAUAAUUUUUUUCCUUCAGCACCAUAAAGCAAAGGGAUAAGAAUAUGUUGGCUCGGCUUUAAUGCUGCGUUCCGAUAUUAAUUUUAUAAGAAUUUGUUUGCUUCCUGCAAGAGUUUGCGCGGUUCUGAAAUCAAAACGUGCAAAUACCGCCUGUAUGAAGAUGUGCUAGCCUUGACGAAAUUGUGUUACAGUAAGCUCAGCAAAAAUGAGCUGGGGUUAAUGAAGUAUAAAAAAUUCAAGUGGUGAACAACAGGGAAAGACUUGUGGGAAACGUACAUUUGAAUAUAUCAUAGACGCAAAAGAAAAACGAGACAAGCUCGCUCCAUUCAUAAAAAAAACACCCUAACCAUCACCGCACACUGUGGCACUUAAAACAUAAACAAUAGCAUAACGUUAUCAUCUAGCGCGCAGUAUCAGCUAUGUAGCGUUGGAUGGCAUUAGAGUGGUAAUGAUUAUAGAAGAAUGGGAAGCAGGAGCAGGGCUGCGAAAUAAUAACAAGCGAAAGCAUAGAAGAAAUACUAAUAUUUCAGAUUACAGUGUAGAAGAGAAAAAUAAAACAAACAAAAGAAUCACGUACGCAAAUAUCCAUCCACGAUGGAUUGGUAAAAUCGAAAAUAGAUGUAAACGUGAUGUAAUCAAGGAUUUAAAAAAUCACGUACCCCAUCCGCAUACAAACACACACACAUACAUCCACACGCACACACUCAUACAAUACACACUCACGUACACACAAAGGAGAUGAGAAAAGGCAAAAAAGGAACACAUUGCAAAAAGGCAUGCUUAAUAUUCUAGAUUUAUAUUAACAGUACUACAAAAGGAAGAAGGUACGCGUUGGAAGAGGUACACGUGAAACAACACUAAUUAGGCGGAAAAAGUAAAAGGCUCGAAGGGGAAAAUGAUAGCAACAACAAAAUAGAGAAAGAAAAAAAAUAAACAAACAAAAAAUCCAAAUGCUGCAGCAAACAUCGUCUAACUAAUGGAAUAAAAAACAACACACACACACACAACAAAAUAUUGAGCAAGAUGGUAUAACAAAGCGAAUCAAUGGAAAAGCAUUAGACGAUUAUAUAUAGUAAAGCGAGGGGAGAGAGGUAGACAACGUUGCCGAAGUGCAGUGCGGAAUGGAUUAAACACACACGCUAGCAAACAUAUGCGCAUUGCUAAAAGAAGAAAAAAAAGAUGUAUUUGUUGUAGUUAUAUGAAAAAAUAUAAUAUUAAUUAUUAUUAUUCCCCAGAAGAAGAGAAAAAAACGAGAAAUAGCAGAGAGAAAGAGAGAGACACACACACUCACACAGCGGAGGAAAAAAUUUAUACAUAUGUGUAAGAGGAAACCUACACACACACACACAGUCACGCUUUAGAAUAUGCAAAGGGCGGCAAUCGUAGCUAGCUGCUAUCGUGAACUAGUUCAGCCUGACAUGCAUGGUAGUAGAGCGAUCGUGGUUCGCGAUCGUUUGGUUUCGUCGCCAAAAUGAUCAAGCAUCAAAGCUGCAAGGUUCUGACGGCUGUAUGCCAGCUCUAGCCCCCCUCCAGUGUUCAGUAAAACCCUACUCGGUUGAAAUACCACUUUUCGUGUCGUUUAUUGGCAUGCGUGUGGUACGGGGCGCUAACACAAAGUGUUAAAAAGUCAGUUGAAAGUCGUAAACGAGAGGACAUGAUGUGUUGCGGAUUGCGAGGUAGUAUACUUCGUGUUUCUGAUUCCUCUUAUAUGAACCCAGCAAAAGAAGAAGAUUUCGACGCCACCAUUUCUCUCCAUGUACCACCCCCCUCUUGCCUCAGCUCCACACGCUUUUUGUAUGUGUGUACAGGAGCAUGAGAGGCGGACGCGCUGAGCUUUCGAUAGCAAAUCGAAAUGAUUCAUAAGAACAGCUGAUCUUCCGGUCGCUUGCGGGUGAGUGUGCGAAUGUUGCGUCACGGGCGUGUCCUGUCGAGUGUGAUUGUAUUUUCAAUGUGUGUGUGUGUGGGUGCUUGCGUGUACUCGCGCGCGCGUGUGUUUGUGUGUGUAGGUAUGAAUGGCUAGUACACAAGGCGACAUCUCUCACCCGUUAACUGUUGUUGACCGUUCGUAGCAAUGGGAGAGGAAGAUAAGAUACAAAAAAAAUAUGUGCCCACUUACAUAAAUGCCCAUAGACACACAAACACACACACACAUACACUCGCACACUAGAUGAAAGAGUAAAUAAAUAGAAAAUAAAUGAACUAAAAAAGAUUACUUUAUCAUACGCUCGGACACACGUAUUCACACAUACAGACGCGCUGACAUCCUUUAGAUACGAGGGUAAAAGGAAGCUGACGGGGGCGAAGGAUAAUAUGCUAUCAGACUCAGUUAUAAAGGUGGCCAAGGGGAAGAAGGCGAAUAAUGUAGGCCGCAGCAGGACAUAUAAAGUGCCGUACUACCAUCACCACCACCAGCACCAUCGGAUGCAACUCGGUGGGAGAUGCACACGAUCUAGUGACGGGGGAGGAUAACAAAAGAUGCAUCCGCAACCAACUAACACACCUCCCUGUAUAGUAUAAUCAUCUGGAUUACCUCUCCUUUUCUUUCCUCCCCACUCCGCACUCAUUGGACGGGUAGUGAAAACGGUAGUAGCGAGCUGUUUCGUUGAUGUUGGUUAUCCUUUUUGUCUGUUUUUUCAUACAUUCGCGGUAAACAACGCUCACUUACGGCGCUCCGGUGUCCUUGCUUUGCCUAGGACUAUCGUUCGUUCGUAGCCUUCGUCCGUGCAGUGUCGUCGUCGUCGUAGGGGGAUUGUCUCCAUCCUAGCCGGUAGCUCCCUGCUCCACUCCAGCUAGCUGGGAUCCGCUGGUCCUUUUCGCUCGUCCGCUGCCUAGAUAUAUGUAUCAAGCCCGCAGAGCGCGCGUCAAGUGCUUUGUCACCCACCAAAUAGGAUUUGUAACCACACGUGUCGGGCUCUGGUAUUGCAGUGUCCUAGAACCCCGAGACUAGGCCGUAAGCCCGCUAACCCUGCGUCGCAAGGUUGAAGCGUUUGAGUCAGAAAAAAAUGCAAAAAAAAACAAAGAGUCAAAGAGUGGGGGAGAGAGAAGGGAGAGAAGCAAGAGAUACAUUAUAUCCCGAUAUAGCAGUAAAUGAUACUAAAACGUGAUACUAAAUAACACUUACCGCUCACCUUUGCAGAAAGGUAGGCAAAAAUAAUACAAAAGAAAAGAAAAACGUGAAAAAAAUCACCUGUAGGAAUCAUACACACAAACACACACAUACUACUACCUAAACAGAGAAGGAAACGAGGGAAUCCAGCAAAAAACGCUAAAUAAUGUGUAGACACGAAAACAAAUGACGAUGUUGCGGAGGUGCGCGGGCAUGAUGUGUUAAGCUAGAUCCGUACAUAGGUUCGCAGACAGGAGAUGGCUUUGGUAAAACAAAAAGAGAGAGAGAGAGAGAGAGAGAGAGAGAGAGAGAGAGAGUUGAAUGAUAAGCGAAGAAGGGAAAUGUGGAGAGAGAAGUAAGUAAGCUAAAGUUGCCUAUUAUCAGCAGCUGCUAAUAAUUACUCUACAAUAUUGUAUUGAACUAAAGGAAGCAAUGGACAAACGGAUGGAUAGAUGCAUCAAUAAACAAAAUGUGACGUUCAAAAAAAAAA